AUGAAGACGUAGACAAGUGGCAUAACUCUUUUAUCAAGUGUAGCACUUGACGGGCCUUUGUCAUGAUCCUCUUCUAAUAUUUCGCUAUCGUUCCUCUUUUAUUAACAGUAGUACUCGCUGCGAAGAUAUUUCUGAAACAUGGCUAAUAGCGUGAACGAUACGUCUAAGCCACCGUUCUUCGCAUACUGUUGCUACACACGAAGCGGAGUCUUUCUCUUAUGAAGGAAUCACCACUGGUGUCUGUGGUGCUGUUACUGUUUGUACUAGGCAUCUUGUGGUAGAGUAGAAGUGGCAUAUUGCGUACAAGUGGUAGAAGAAGAGGUGGCAUUCUAGGGCACAUAUUCAAUCAAAGUGAAUCACUGGGUACUUGCACAUCAAGCGGUUCCGUUUUAUUUUUAUCUUUUAUCUUCAUACAUUUGCUUGCUGCCUCAGCAGCGACGGCGGAGCUGGUCGGUUUAUCAGUUCUACCGGUUUUGUUAAGGCUUAUUUUCAUGACUCGUAUUAUUCACCUUGCUUAAGAGGUAGCUAGAGGCAGCUUUGAUGUGCUCACAAGGGGAAAACCGUGCGAGACGCACUUGCGUCAUCUUCUUCGGUAGGCUCUCCUCUUGCACCGUCAUGGUGAGAUCCAAUCUGCUGAAUACCGGCAGGCUCUAACGCUAGGAUACGCGUACUUCUUGUAUGGCGUAUUGUUGCUCGUUUUUGUGGGUUAUAGGAAUGCAACGGAUAUCACCGAGGAUUGCGAGGUCUCCGAUGCGUUGGAAGCAAUUAUUAUGGAAGGCUAGAAAGAGAGGUGAAGGCAUCCCGCCGAUGGCGUAG